CCCUGGCUAAGCAAGAUGGAUGGGAGGAGGAUGCCUUGCUGGGGACUCCUGCUGGCGCUCUGGGGCUCUUGUACCUUGGGACUCCCCACAGACACAACUGCUUUUGGACGGAUUUUGCUCAAGAAAAUGCCCUCGGUCCGGGAAACCCUGAAGGAGAGGGGCAUGGACAUGGCCAGGCUCAGUGCCGAAUGGGGCAAAGUCACCUCCCCCGUGGUCCUCACCAACUACCUGGAUACGCAGUACUAUGGCGAGAUCGGCAUUGGCACCCCUCCCCAGACCUUCAAAGUCAUCUUCGACACGGGUUCAGCCAAUCUCUGGGUGCCCUCCACCAAGUGCAGCCCUCUCUACACUGCCUGUGAGAUUCACAGCCUCUACGACUCUUCGGAAUCCUCCAGCUACAUGGAAAAUGGGACGGAAUUUACCAUCCACUACGGAUCUGGGAAAGUCAAAGGUUUCCUCAGCCAGGACCUGGUAACGGUGGGCGGAAUUGUGGUGACACAGACAUUUGGUGAGGUCACGGAGCUGCCUCUGAUACCCUUCAUGCUGGCCAAGUUUGAUGGGGUUCUGGGCAUGGGCUUCCCUGCUCAGGCCGUUGGUGGGGUCACUCCUGUCUUUGACCACAUUGUCUCCCAGAAGGUGCUAAAGGAGGAAGUCUUCUCUGUCUAUUACAGCAGGGAUUCCCACCUGCUGGGGGGAGAGGUGGUGCUGGGAGGCAGUGAUCCCAAGCAUUACCAAGGGAACUUCCACUACGUGAGCAUCAGCAAGACUGGCUCCUGGCAGAUCACAAUGAAGGGGGUAUCUGUGGGGUCUGACACCUUGCUGUGUGAGGAGGGCUGCAUGGCAGUGGUGGACACCGGUGCAUCCUACAUCUCUGGUCCUACCAGCUCCCUGAGAUUGGUCAUGCAGGCUCUGGGUGCCAAGGAACAUAGCACGGAUGAAUAUGUUGUGAACUGCAGCCAGGUGCCCACCCUCCCCGACAUCUCCUUCCACCUGGGAGGCAGAGCCUACAUACUCACCAGUAUGGACUACGUGCUCCAGGAACCCUAUAGGAAUGAUGACCUGUGCACAUUGGCCCUCCAUGGCCUAGACAUCCCACCUCCCACUGGGCCUGUCUGGGUCCUGGGCGCCAGCUUCAUCCGCAAGUUCUACACGGAAUUUGAUCGGUAUAACAACCGAAUUGGCUUUGCCUUGGCCCGCUGAGGCCCUCUGCGCCCCCCCUCCCCCAGUGAUCCUGGCUUCAGGUAGAGCCAGAGCUACAGCACUCCUAGGAUCCAUUUUGCUUGGGCUUGCCCCUCACAUAAACACGUUGGAUUUGGAGCUCCUGAUGAAUGCUUGCCCUGUCGCCUGCACCAGCCCUUCCCUGCUUUGAGGAGAAAUGGAAUAAAAACUUCAUGUUCACAAU